AUGGCAGUUCCUGGCAGCCUACUUGAUAUUGGGAACAAGCUGUAUCAGCCAGCCCUUGUGAGCUAUCAAAAGUCAUUGGUGCUUGCAAAAUCUCGAUCUGAGGACAUCUCCUGGGCAUACCACCUAACGUCAGAUUGGAAUGUGUAUACCUACACAUCGGACAGGGAACCCGGUUAUCGCCCUACUCCGGCCAACAAAGGCCGCGAGGGCAUGUCCUAUCUCACUCAUAUCAUCGACAAUUACGACGAUCUGACGGACAUAACGGUCUUCAUGCAUGGAGCGGCAUCGCAAUGGCAUAACGACCCAGACAACUCGAACUCGUCUUUUCUCUUGUCGAAACUGCGUAUGGAAGCAGUGAAACGGAAAGGCUAUACCAAUCUCCGGUGCCAGUCCCGCCCGGGCUGUCCCGUGGCAAUGCGCCCCUCCGAUCCGAUGUACACCUCCAUGGAUGACGUAGUUUAUACGAAUUUCACCUCGAUCUAUACCGAAUUGUUCAACGUGGCGGAGGAGCAGAUCCCGAGUGAAAUCGGUGGCAUCUGUUGCGGUCAAUUUGCCGUAACCAAGGAGCGUAUUCAGCAACGGCCCCGCGAGGAGUACAUCCACAUGCGCGAUUGGGCCCUUUCAACAUCUCUCGACAACUUCACCGUUGGGUCGGUUUUUGAAAUGCUAUGGCAUAUCAUAUUUCUGGAGAAUUCGGUGUCAUGUCCCGAUUCUGAACAAUGUUAUUGUGACCUUUACGGCGUUUGUGAUGACUAG